AUGCAUGCCAUCAUAGCAGUGGCAACGACGCACAUCUGCCAGAUAUCGCACGACAAUAGCGGAUACCGCGUGGCGGAAGCGUUUCACUGGCAACAAGCUGUAACCCAAUACUCGAAGGAGGUCGCCACCUGCAUCACGCAGGCCAACAUGGACAAGCUCUACCCAGCCUGCAUGCUUAUCACCGUUCAGUCGUUUACAUUAAAGGAGUACAACCCGCGAGAAUCAUUCGUCUUCAGCGACGAUCCCACCUCUCUGAACUGGUUGUUCCUCCAAGGCGGAAUGCGGUACCUCCUGGAACGGACAAACCAGUGGCUGCCGCAGAGUAUGUGGUUCUCGCAUUUCAUGCAAGUGCGCGACGACCCCUCGUUUGAUUUUGACGACUCCCGGCCGGGACGAGUUGGUCUGGAUCCUGAUCUCGCAGAUCUCUGCGGGAUCACCGAGGCGUCCACCCUAGCCAAUAACCCAUAUUUAUGGCCGCUUCGCAUGCUGAUGCAAUUUCUUCCGCUCGAACAAAAACCCCCAUGUUUCAGGAAAUACUUCAAUUGGGUCGGCAGACUGGAGCCUGAAUACCAGCAGUGUUUACUGCAGAAAGAAACCCCCGCGAUGAUUCUUCUGGCGUGGUGGCUGGCGCUGAUGUGCUGUACUAAUCUGUGGUGGCUCGAUGCGCGCGUUCGGUCGGAGUGUACUGCUAUCUGUAUGCGACUGGAGGAUAGUGAUGAUCCGCUGGUGCUACGCUUAUUGGAGUUCCCGGCUGAGCAGUGCGGAUAUAUUCUUCGACAUGUGCAGGAGCAGACAUGUAUUGAAUUAGAGGCGGAUCUCACUCUGCCCUAA